UACUUAGAUAGAGCAAUUGAGCAAAAGCCACUCGCUCUCUAAAGCCAUGGCUCUAUAGCACUUCUGUUUUAUCUCCUUUACACGACCAGGCCAUGGGUUUUGCGAUGGGAAGCUCCCAUCUGUUACAAUCUUAUUUUCCAUUCUCUUCUUGUUCUUCGUCUUCUUUCCCUUCUCAUUCCCAUUCUGUGAUCUUUCAUGUCAAGAACUGUGAUGGUAAGUCCAAGAGAAAGAAAAGGGCAGCCAUUGUUGCUUGUACGCGUCAAGAAGAUCCAGAUAGUAUCAUUUUUAGCAAGAAGAGAGCUGUUCUCUUUGUGGGUAUUUGGGUUCUUCCCUUCUUGCAACUCAGGGCCAGAGCGCUUGAAGGUUCAAUUACAAAAGAAAAUGAGCUCAGCACAUUUGAAGAUAACCAAAAAGAACAGCUUGCAAUUCAAAGACAUACCCCACCAAAUCCCUUCCUGUCUGUCCUGAAUGGACUUGGUAUAUUUGGUACUGGUGUUCUCGGUGCACUCCUUGCAUUGACUAAGAAAGAGAAGAAGGCCACUGAAACAGAACUGGAAUCUAUGACUGCCAAACUGAAAGAGAAGGAAGCUGCUAUUGUGUCCUUAGAGAAGAACUUUGAGUCAAAGCUGUUGAAUGAACAGGAAGAAUGGACAAAGCAACUCAGAAAGGCCAAGGAUGAACAACUGGUUCUUGUGAACCAACUAAAAUCAGCUAACAGUACAAUUGCAGGGCUAGGACAGGAGCUGAAAAAUGAGAAAAGAAUUGUUGAUGAGCUCAAAGUUCAAAUAGAUGGUCUAGAAAGAAUCCUUUCAAAGGCCGAGGAAGAUAAGAAAGCUCUUGAACAAGAGCUAAAGGAAAAACUCCAUUCAAUUGAAGGCUUACAAGAUAAGAUUAACUUGCUUAGUUUAGAGCUCAAGGAUAAGGAAGAAAAUGUUCACCACCUCAACUGUUCACUUGCUGGAAAGGAGCUGGAAUUAAAGAACUUGAAUUCUAUCUACAAGGAAACAAAGGAUGAACUGGCCAAGGUACAUGGAGAAAUAAAAACAUUGAAAGAUGAACUUCAGAAAAAUAGAAAGGAACUGGGAUUGAAGAAUUCUGUGGUGGAGGAAUUAAAUUUGAAAGUGAGUUCUUUAAUCUUUGAGAGGGAUGAAUCUAACAAGAAACUUGAUGCUGUUCAGGAGCAGUACAGUGACCUAAAGUUGUCCUCUGAAAAGAAGGCUGCCUUGGAUGCCAAGCUGUUGGAAGAAAGAGAAGAUGAGCUUCACCAAGUAAAUGAAAAGCUUAAGCUUUCUCUGAAUGAAGCAAGCAGAAGCCAAGCCAUGAUUACAGAUUUGACAAGGGAAAAGGAAGAUUUGAAAAACAUGCUUGAUACAGAAUUGAACAAUGUAGUGAAUCUGAAACAUGAACUUCAAAGCACUCAGGAAGUUCUUGGGAAGCUGAGAAAUGAGGCUUCUGAUCUUGGAGAAGAACUAAAGCAGUCAAGAAAUAGGUGCACUGAGCUUGAGGCUGAGGCUUCCAGAGUUCAGGUUGAGUUUGCUGAAGCUACGGAAACAAUGCAGAAGAGCCUUGAGAAGGCGAAUCAGAGUGGUGAAGUUUUAGCCGAGGAGAUUACAGCAGCGAAGGAACAACUGAGAAAUACUGAGGAGGAGCUUAAGUUAGUGUCCCGUGAACUGGCAGCUGUCACAGAAAAUCGUGAUAGUCUGCAGAAGGAAUUGGUGGAUGUCAAUGAGAAAGCUGAAGUCACAGCCAAUGAACUAACGGAAGAGAGAGAAUUAGUUUCUUCUUUAAACAAAGAGGUACAAAGCCUGGAGAAUCAAAUCAUGAAGGACAAUGGGGUAAGAAAAUCUCUUGAAACUGAUCUAGAAGAAGCUACUAAAUCAUUAGAUGAGAUGAAUCGAAAUGCAUUGAUACUUUCUGGGGAGCUGGAAAUAGCUAAUUCUAGGAUAUCUAGCCUUGAAGAUGAGAAGCAGGUGCUUUACAAGUCCUUAACAGAGCAGAAGAAUGCAUCUAAAGAGGCCCAAGAGAACAUGGAAGAUGCCCAUAACAUGGUCUUGACGCUUGGAAAGGAAAGGGAGAAUUUGGAGAGGAAAGCAAAUAAACUUGAAGAAGCCUUGGCCCUUGCCAAGGGUGAAAUAUUGAGAUUGAGAAGUACCAUACAUUCCUCAAAAACACCUGCAAAAGAGGAACAACCUCAGAAAGAUGAGGGUGAGGACAAGAUCACUGUCACUGCGAAGAGAACUGGCAGAAGAAGAAGAUCUACCUCUCAAUGAAGCGUCUUCUUAAGUAAUAUCUAAUUACUUCCCUAUUUUGCUGUUAUCGUCCUUCAAACAGUCUAUUUUUGGGUUAUCAUCCAUUUCUUCUAUGGAGAAUUUUCUCCAUGCCUAUGUAUUGUAUAGAUGAGAUCUCCAAGCAUCAAAAUGAGAAAAAUACUCGUUAACAAUGUUUCUCAUGGUGUUUUUAUGAAUAUUAGAUAAGAUUUACAAUUUUUUCUGGACAA